AUGAAGAUUCAAACCAAUGCUGUUAAUGUCCUUGAGCGGACUUCUGCCUACUUGAGAUCGGGGUUACUGAGAAACACACCAGCUUGGUACGAUGUUGUGGCAUCAAUACCUCCAAAGACGAAAUUCACCCGUGAACCAAGACUAAUUAAUCCAUCCAACAUGAAGAAAUUAGCCCAUUUGAAAGAUCAUGCAGAUGAGCCCAAUGCUAAAGGUUUCUUCAAGACGAGAGCCAGCACUCUCGAUAAGAAGAUUAAUAACGCCAAGCUUUAUAGAGCUCCAAAAUUGAAAUUUGUGGAGGACCAGCUAAGGGAAGUCUUUUACAAGCAACAUCCGUGGGAAUUAUCAAGACCAAAAGUUUUGGUCGAAAAUGAUGCUGAAGAGGAAUUCGACUGGAGUCACAUUCAGCAGUUAGAGAAACCACUCGAUGGUGAAAGUGUAAUACAGAGAACUUUGUUUCUACUAAAGAAUAACGAGGGAAAAAGUCUGACAGAAGCUUACGAUCAAGCAAGAUUCGAGUUUUACCGUCUAAGAAUGCAACAGGAAGUGGAGCAACAAGUGGCCCAAGAAGAAAGCGAGAUGUUUGGCUCGAUUUAUGGUCCUUCAGCCAUUGAUUUCGGUGUCCAACAAGAACAGAAAUUCAUUGAUAUAUGGAAGCAGAAGGCCAUUGAAGAGACAGAUCUGCUCGCAGCCAGACGUGCAAACCCAUCGGAAGCAUGGGCUGCUGGUGAAGAACAACCUGACAAGAAGGAUUUGGAAGAUCAGGAUAUUGAGGAGAUUGUUUUGUGA